UAGUAUGGCAACUAAGCAAGGCAGUAAAUCACAGUGGGCUUAAGGGUUCAACUUGGCAACUAUAGUGGUGGCUUGUCUGUUGGUACUUAGAUAUGGCUUUUGGAAUUAAUUUGUGGAUCGUGUUGCUUUGCUCCAUAUUCUCAGAACAUUUAAGAUCUGCUUGUGCUCCACAUGAUGCCCAGAGAUUAAGAGGCUACAUGUAUUCUGGCUCUUCCCAAGUGGAAGAUGAACAGAAACAACCAGGUGAUGGCUAUCCUCAGGAUCCAAUCAAACCAACUUUUAGUACUUCAAGAUCUGUCCAGAGUGAUGCUACUCCCAGAGAGACUGGCCCCAACACCCAUAACCAGGAACUAUCCCGCAGAGGCUCUGCUUCAAGCUCUAUCCAGCCUGCCCCAAGAAUGUUAGGCCUCUCUGGCUCUAUAGCCAGUAGAACCUCUGUCAGCCACAACAAGCGUCACACCCGUGCCAGUAUAACCUCAGGCCAAAGUGUCACCAGCCCUAGUGCAGUGAAGAUGGUUUCAAGUUGGGAAGCAAAAACCUUUCCAUUACAGCCUCGUUCAAGCAACUCUGGAUCUGUUCAGAAUUUCCUGGGAAGCCAUUUAUUCAAAGCAACCCCCCAGAAUUCUGUGGCACAAAGUGGAAUCUACCAGUCCGUAAGGGAAAUGGCUUCCACCCCUUACCUUCAAGCUCCCUCACGUGGUUCUUCAGGAACUUCAUUUAGACCAGGUCCUCUGCAUUUUGGGUCUACUGAAGGUGGGAGUGCAACAAAUGCGUACAAGCCCAGCUUCUCUCAAUAUGUCAAGCCAUACCAGAGUAGAUAUGCCUCCGCCAGUAGUGGUUCAACUUCUAGUCAAUAUGCCAAGAGUAUAGAUGGUGCCUCCAAAAGCAGCAGCAUCCCUAUACUUAGCCUGGGGUCUAGCUCCAGUCUCUUCACCCAGAGUUCUACGCCUAGUAAAAACUCCUAUGGAACCUACACGCCUGGCUCUACCCUUGGUGCAACACCACGCCAGAGCAUAUUUACCUCUAACCAGGGUGGCAGUGCUUCAAUCUACAGCCAGAAUGUCCUUGCCGCCAACCAGAAGCCAAGCAGCACUACACCUGCCGACAGCAACCACAGGCAUGUCUCUGGUCAGGUGGGGGACUACCAGCCUAGUUAUGUUGUCAGUAGUGGGCAAAUCUCCAUCCUUUCCAGUACUAACCAGGGUGGCAGUGCUUCAAUCUACAGCCAGAAUGUCCUUGCCGCCAACCAGAAGCCAAGCAGCACUACACCUGCCGACAGCAACCACAGGCAUGUCUCUGGUCAGGUGGGGGACUACCAGCCUUGUUAUGUUGUCAGUAGUGGGCCAAUCUCCAUCCUUUCCAGUUCUAACCAGGGUGGCAGUGCUUCAAUCUACAGCCAGAAUGUCCUUGCCGCCAACCAGAAGCCAAGCAGCACUACACCUGCCGACAGCAACCACAGGCAUGUCUCUGGUCAGGUGGGGGACUACCAGCCUAGUUAUGUUGUCAGUAGUGGGCAAAUCUCCAUCCUUUCCAGUACUAACCAGGGUGGCAGUGCUUCAAUCUACAGCCAGAAUGUCCUUGCCGCCAACCAGAAGCCAAGCAGCACUACACCUGCCGACAGCAACCACAGGCAUGUCUCUGGUCAGGUGGGGGACUACCAGCCUAGUUAUGUUGUCAGUAGUGGGCCAAUCUCCAUCCUUUCCAGUUCUAACCAGGGUGGCAGUGCUUCAAUCUACAGCCAGAAUGUCCUUGCCGCCAACCAGAAGCAAAGCAGCACUACACCUGCCGACAGCAACCACAGGCAUGUCUCUGGUCAGGUGGGGGACUACCAGCCUAGUUAUGUUGUCAGUAGUGGGCAAAUCUCCAUCCUUUCCAGUUCUAACCAGGGUGGCAGUGCUUCAAUCUACAGCCAGAAUGUCCUUGCCGCCAACCAGAAGCCAAGCAGCACUACACCUGCCCGACAGCAACCACAGGCAUGUCUCUGGUCAGAUGGGGGACUACCAGCCUAGUAAUGUUGCAAGUAGUGGGUAAGUCUCCAUCCUCUACAGUUCUGCCCAGGUUGGCAGUUCUUCAACUGAUAUCCAGAAACCAAGCACUUCUAAACCUGCCCCCAGGCAAAGCUAUCAGCGCAGCAAUACUCCGAAUGCUGUGAAGUCAAUCCCUAGCUAUGCCAGAGGACCUACCCAGAGCAGCACCACCACACCUCAAAGCCUUGUUUUGGUCUACAACAUCCCAGCACGCUACGGUGGCAGUCAUAUCCGUCGGCUCAAAGACAGUAUUCAUAGUGGGCGUAGUGCCUCCACUAGCCACUCCA